UGGGCUCUAUUUCCCUCACUCGCUCACAGGACCAGUGUGCACUUUGAACUGAAGGAUAUCCUGUGCCUCAUCAGCACAGUGGGAUUGUGUGAAUUCUCUACUGCUUAUAGGAGACAAAAUACCCCUGCUUUUAUACUUUUAUCAAACAAAGUGUUUUACCAUUCAGGGAAAAGGACUGCACAUCACGGUAGCCUGCCUUCUGAAAAUGAUGGAAGAGGCUAAUGAGGCGAGGUCAUCUGGGUUGAGUGUGAGCACCCACAGCAUCAGGGUCACUGAGGCAGUGAGAGAUGGGGACACGGUCAUCUUCAUUGUCAUAUCUCAGAAGUUGUCUGGUACUGGGGAGUACCAUGUGGACAGGACAUAUGACGACUUUGAGUGGCUGCAGCAGAGCCUGUUCUGUCCAGAGGGUGUCCCUGGAAUACAGGGAGUUAUUUUUCCUCCUCUUCCAACAAAGCCACAGGUGAAUGCACCAGCCAAAGUACUAAAACAACUUGGUUUCCUUGCCAUGGGGAAGGAUUGGCAGAUAUACUGCAUGGCACUAGAGACCUACCUCCAGCAGGUGGCAGCCCACACUACUCUCAACAAGAACCCGAACCUGGAGGUCUUCCUCACCAGCUCAGAGCCUCCAGGCCGUCAGAGGGUGAGGAAGGGGAUCUUCAACCGUCUCAGCCAUGCCAUGGAGGGAAUAAGGAAAGAAAGCCACAAGGAUGUGGAUGAGUUUUUUCAGACUGAGCGUGAUAACAACCUGACCCUCACUGGCUGCUCCAAGUCUGCCAUGGAGAAGUUCCUUGAUUUGGUGAUGACUGAACAAAAAAUCUCUGUAGCCUGUGGACACUUCUCUGCCUCGCUGCAUCUUUGUGUAGAACAUCAGGAUGACUCCGUGGCCCUGGCCUUCUCAAAGAUAUGUGUUAAACUGUCUGAGGUCAUUGAUUCAAUGAAGAAAAACCUGGACAAUGUAGCUGAGAACGACAUGAGCACCCUGGGUCUGGGUCUGGACCUGGAUUCUCGCUACCAGGAGGCUGAGAAGGAGAUGCUAUUCAGGAGGACCUGUAAACUGGUGGAGUUGGAGACAGCCAGCCGGAAUGCAGAAAAAGCCAAACCUGUAAAGAAAGCCACUAUGGAGGAGGUGAAGAACACAGUUGAGAAGGAGUUCGAUAACAUAUCUGGUGUAGCCAAACAGGAGAUUGGCCGCUUCCAGGCCACUCGUGUGAUGAUGUUGCGCCGGGCUCUGACCUUGUGGUGUGAGAAGCAGCUUCAUACAGCCAGGGAAAGCUCCUCCCUCUACAGCCAGCACCUGCAGGCUUUCAGAGACAUGGAGGAGUGACUGCAGAAGGCAAACACACACUUCUGAUCACUAUGAAGCCUGAAUGUACACUGUAAUUGUUACCAUUUACUGCUUGAUUUUAUACAAACAGGUGCUAAAAUAAAUAUAACU